ACACCCACCUCCGUCUGUUCCCUUCAGCUCGACUUCCUACCCCUGCUAAACGCUUCAUCUGUUGGUCCCUUGCAUUCAACGCUAUAUUCUGCAUUGCACCUCGAGAAUGAUGCCCCUGCCGUCUUUGGAUUUCGGCAGGUUUGAGUACCUCUUUCUGCGUAACAACACUUUGGUCUCAACUGGUCGCCCCGGAGUUCGAUAGUUAGCAGGGUGACAAUACUAACCACGACAAGAGAGUGCAAGUGGUUAAGUCCACCGUUAGUAGUUGAGUGGCAUUUCGUUGAACGUAAACUCUACAUUUCCAAUUCUGUCUGCAGCUGAUCAUAGGUACAACUUUCCACUAUUCUUUUUUGCAUAUCCUCCAAAUCCUGCAACUUCCCAAAGUUUUAAAUUCCUACUAGCGUGAAGCAGGAAUAGUAUCAGCUUGCAAUUACAGGAAGCUACACAAUCGUCGUCCUCAGGGAAUUGUUAUCGUGGAAUGCUACUGCGGUACAUCAAACAGUUGGUCCAGGCCAGUAGAGGUCGGCAAAGACGUUGGAUGCAUGGUACUCUUUACGAGAUUCUCAUCUUACCGUCAAUUUCAGGUGGCUUGGAAAUGACAAACUUUGCCUGCUAUCAGUUGACAAUCAAACACUAAGCUCCAGGACUUUGUUGACGACCUGUUCAUCAGCAGAGUUUUUUAUAUUUAGAGUCGAGUGAAGUUGAUUCGUUUAGCACGCAUGGUUUGUGUUGUAAUUGCAAAUAAUCUUGGUAUACAGAAAGGCAGUGAAAUCAGUGCCUCGGAUGUUAUAUCUGCACACCUAUUAGCGUCUAGCUCGGAAGGCAUUUGAUGAACUUGCAGCACUAGCAAAAACCUGGUUCAUUGCCUCAUUAAGUUCGUGAUUUGUUACGCAUGCCGUGAGAACUGCAUGAUCAAUUGGUAACUAAAUUGGUGACCCCCCUAUCAAUACACCAGUUAACGUAGAACACAAGUUUUUUCUUGAAAACUUCAUCCACAGAGUUCUAUUAGGGCGAAAGGGAGCUGGAUCCACUUAAAAGCAGUUUCAGAGAAGAAAAUGCUGGAGCAGCAGGUGAAGAUGAGAGAUGAAAAAGUGAUUGUGUGGUGCAUAGCCAUAUUGCUGUUGCAAGGUUUUCAUGUCCGAGCAAGCGCUCAAGUGACCAACUUGCCGCUGCCCAGCACAGGGUUUUGCGAGUCAUUUGUGAGCCCCAUCAGCUAUAACUGUACCGAGAUGAUGGUCCAAACCCAUGAUGGAUUUCUCCUUGCAAUCCAAAGAAUCACCACAUCGAAUCCUCUCACCGUAAGAAAAGGUCCUGCCUUCUUAUACCACGGCAUCAUGGAGGGAGGAGAAACGUGGGCCUUGAAUGCAAACGAUGAUUCAUUGGCAUUCAUGAUGGCAAAUUCUGGAUAUGAAGUCUGGAUUGGAAACACUCGGUCUUCAAAUUAUACUUUUGGUCAUCUCAAGUUCACUAGGAAGGAAAAGGAAUUUUGGAACUGGUCAUGGGAUGAUCUUGUGAAAUCAGAUUUGCCUUCAAUGUUGCAAUAUGUUAACAAUUACUCAAAACAACCAGUCUAUUAUGUUGGCUACUCACAAGGAACAAUGACUGCUCUUGCAAGCCUUUCAGAAGGGUCAAUUACAGCUCUCAUCUCAAAAGCUGCUCUGUUGAGUCCAAUUGGUUCUUUAAAAUAUAUCACCUCUCCUUUUGCAUCUGCUGCCUCAUACCUAUUUGUGGAUGAGAUCCUAUUGCUUUCAGGUGUAGCUGAAUUCAGUGCAAACAGUGAUGUUGGGAAAAGGUUUCUGGACAUUACAUGUGCAUCUUCCCAAGUUGAUUGCAGGCAUGAGCUGAUUAGUCAAAUCACAGGUACUAAUUGUUGCUUCAACACAUCACAAAUAUCUGUUUACAACAAAUAUUCAAUGCAAUCUACUUCAAUGCGAAAUUUGGCACAAAUGGCUCAAAUGGUGCGGUCAGGGAGAUUCAGUAUGUAUGACCAUGGCUUUUGGAACAAUGUGAAGAAGUAUUCAUCUCUGUUCCCACCAGAGUACGACGUGUCCGUCAUUCCAGCCACUCUCCCCAUUCUCCUGGCACAUGGUGGCAAUGAUGCCCUUGCGGACCCCAAUGACGUGGCAGCUUUGAUUAGCAAAUUGGCAGGAUCUCCCCAAGUUCUUUACCUCCCAAAGUAUGCCCAUGCAGACUUUGUCAUGGGCACCAACGCUAGUCAGGACGUUUACACUCCUAUCCUUGAAUUCUUUCAGGCAUAGACUAUACAUAACUGUACAUAUACUUAUUAUAUAUACAUAUAUCACUUCCCAUUCCAGUA